AUGGUGAGUCGGGCUUUGGUUUCUGCUGGGUGGCUCUCAGUGGCCCUCAAAACCAGGAGAGUCCCAGCUUUGCGGGUGCUGGACACUACCUGGUACUCCCCCGGGAGUAGAGAUGCCAGGAAGGAGUAUGAAGAGCGGCACAUACCUGGAGCCUCCUUCUUUGACCUGGAGCAAUGCAAGGACCAGCAGUCGCCCUAUGAGAUGAUGCUGCCCACCAAGUCCCAGUUUGCCAAGCAUGCUGCUGAACUGGGCAUCAGCAAUGACAGCCAUGUGGUGGUCUACGACUGCGACAGCUCGGGCAUGCUCUACGCCCCGAGGCUUUGGUGGAUGUUCCGUGUUUUUGGCCACCACAAUGUGUCGUUGCUGGAUGGGGGUCUCGCCAACUGGAUGAAGCAGGGGCUCCCGGUGACAUCUGAGGUGACACAGGUGACACCAGAGACGUUCCGGGUGACACUGAAUCAGUCUCUACUCAAGAGCUUCGAGGACAUUCAGGAGAACAUUUCCAGCAAAAGGUUCCAGCUGGUGGACGCCCGAUCCGAAGGAAGGUUCCGGGGGCCGGAGCCGAAGCCCGGAGAAGGUGAGGACUGGUGGGUGGUGGACAGUGGUACCAUAAUGGGGGUUUACCUGCAGUCCCCUAUAAAGAUGUGCAGAAGAAGUCCACUAUAUCUGACAAACUCAGCCGUGCUACAUUUGACAAACCCAACUUAA